GCUUUGAGAAUUUUGUCAAAGAUGUCGCUACCUGACGACGACGACGACGACGAAAACUCACCUGUGUCUGAGAAUGAGAAAUGUGUAAACGGGGCACAAGUCUCGUUGUGGUUUUUAUUGCACUUACCAUUGCCAUAUUUCCAAUACAGACUGCUUCCUUGUCGGGGAGAUCACAACUGCGUCUAGCACCAGCCUAUGUGAACGGAGUGCUGACAUUAAAGAGCAGUUUGCUCUCAAAAAAUAAUAAUAGUCCAGCUUUGGCAAACGGUCGCAGUGGUGGCAGUCUGAUCAAGUCCAAUCAAAAUCCCAGUUACAAGCAUCAAUAUCAGAGCUUAAACUCUGGUAACUCUGGUUACGGCAAAUACGGAGAGGAGGCAGAUAAAUCCCAACAGAAAGCAACGGCAACAAAUCUCAGGAACUUAGGGACAGCAUUUAGACCACUUAGCCGGACUAUGAUCAAUAUGAAUUAUGGCCAUCAAAUGGAACCGUUCAAGUCGUUGUUGGAUGAACGAGAUGAAACAAAUGAGAAUAUAGGCAAAUCAUAUUCAUACGAAUCGAAUGCAAAUCCAUUAUAUAUGCCAGCAAAACCAUCUUCGCUGUCAUAUCAGCAAUAUCCGGCCGCGAUCAUACAACCACAACAGGAUCAAAUGAGUGCUCCCAUGUCAUAUGCUCCAUUGGCCAUGCAAACGGAUCGUCAGGCGAAUCGUUAUGUACAAGAGUUUCCGCCGCAUUUUCUGUUUCAGCCACCAUUUGUGCCCAUGCAGACGACCGCAUUGGAAACACCUGAAACACCACAAUCUAUUGCCCCACAGCAACAACCUACAGCAGAGCAACUUGAUUUGCUGCAACAAUUGUCUGAGUUCUUUGGUCAGCGACAGCAGCAGCAGCAACAACAACAUCCACAGCAGCAGCAACAGAAUUUUAUACCCAUAAGUUUUGCCCAAUUGGCCUCAACUCAGCCACCACCCGAUGAGCAGGGACAAUGUCCAUUUGAUACAGAGGAGAUUACUACAACUAUUUCUCCUCUAGCAAAGUCAACAAAGAAAUCAAAGACAACCACAAUGGAGCCAGAUGAGUCAGUCACAAUUGAUGUUGAGUCCGACACAGAGAAGCCAAUUUCCAAAACAAAAUCGAACAAGAAAUUGCCAUGUUGCAGCAAGACACCAAAACGGGAUGUGAUUAGUUUUACUCUCAAUGUAGAGAAUCCGAAUCUGAAUCGAGAGCAGCAAAACAAAGCCAGGGAACAACAACGAUCGAGUCGUCAUGCCAUUCAGCCCGAUUUGCGUAUUAAUGCUAUAGCAACAUUAUUACGAUACCGCAACGAAUUGGGCAAUGCCCAAGAUCCAUUGCAACAGCUGCUGCGACAGGAGCAGAAGAGAGUCGAGCAGCAGCAGGCCAUUAAGCAGCGACGAAAAGGCAAGGUCAAAGGACGAAGGCAACGGCGAAUCUUGGACAAGAAUCGAUUAUUGCAGGCGGAAUUGAAAAUAUGGCCACUUAAAAUUGAACGCCUAAGCGGCGUAUAAUUUUCUAUACAUAUUUAUAUUUUUUUAAGAGUUUAUUAAUUUUUUUUUGUU